AGAAUAAAAAACCGCGCUCCGGCGGCGAUUCAGAUCACCGCCGAACAACUCCUUCGCGAGGCCCAAGAACGACAAGAAUCCGCCUUUCGUGCGCCGAGACAGCGGGUUGAGGAUUUUGAGGAGCUUCAUGAGUACCGGGGCAGGAAACGAAAGGAGUUCGAGGAGCGGGUGCGGCGCACAAGGGGAAGCAUUAAGGAAUGGUUGCAGUAUGCGAACUGGGAGGCCAGUCAAAAUGAAUUUGCGCGUUCUCGAUCUGUUUUUGAACGUGCGCUGGACGUCGACCCACGUAGCAUCCAGCUCUGGCUUUCGUACACGGAGAUGGAGUUGAAAUCACGCAACGUCCAGCACGCGCGUAACCUAUUCGACCGCGCUGUCACGCUCCUCCCGCGGGUCGACCAGCUCUGGUACAAGUACGUCUACCUCGAGGAGUUGCUGCAGAACGUGCCCGGUGCCCGGCAGGUGUUCGAGCGCUGGAUGCAGUGGGAACCGGAUGACAAGGCGUGGCAGGCAUACAUUAAAAUGGAGGAACGCUACCAAGAGCUUGACCGAGCGAGCGCGAUCUUCGAACGAUGGGUCGGGAUUCGACCAGAGCCGAGGGUGUGGGUGAAGUGGGGCAAGUUCGAGGAAGAGAGGGGGAAGCUGGACAAGGCUCGCGAGGUAUUCCAAACUGCGCUUGAGUUCUUCGGAGACGACGAGGAGCAGGUUGAGAAGGCUCAGGCUGUCUUUGGUGCAUUUGCCAAGAUGGAAACUCGGUUGAAAGAGUUUGAACGGGCUAGGGUGGUCUAUAAGUUUGCGUUAUCUCGAAUCUCGCGGUCGAAAUCGGCAGGGCUUUACGCCUCUUAUAGCAAGUUUGAAAAGCAACACGGAACUCGCACGACCCUCGAAAACACUGUCUUGGGCAAGCGAAGAAUUCAGUACGAGGACGAGAUUUCGCGAGAUGGCAGAAACUACGAUGUUUGGUUCGACUACGCUCGUCUUGAAGAGACCGCCCUCCGAGAUCUGAAAGAGGAAGGCGCCACUGCUGAAGAAGAAGAGGCCGCCAUCGGACGUGUGCGAGAAGUAUACGAACGCGCUGUUGCCCAGGUGCCUCCAGGGAAUGAGAAAAGGCAUUGGAGGAGAUACAUAUUCUUGUGGCUUGACUAUGCUCUCUUUGAAGAAAUUGAGACCAAGGACUUUGCACGGGUCCGCCAGAUUUACAACGCGGCGAUCAAGCUUGUGCCUCACAAGCAGUUCACGUUCGCGAAACUGUGGCUCAUGUUUGCCAAGUUCGAAGUGCGCAGGCUAGACCUCCCUGCCGCACGGAAAAUCUUGGGUGCAGCGAUCGGAAUGGCACCGAAGGAAGCUCUCUUCAAGGGUUAUAUUGACCUUGAAAUAGAGCUACGAGAAUUCGAUCGUGCUCGCGCCUUGUACCAAAAAUACCUCGAGUUUGAUUCGGCAAACGCCCCCGCGUGGAUCAAGUUUGCUGAAUUGGAGUCACAACUGCAAGACUUUGCCCGGACUCGAUCCAUAUUCGAACUGGGCGUCUCUCAGUCUCCGCUGUCGAUGCCCGAACUGUUAUGGAAGGCAUUCAUCGAUUUUGAAAUUGAAGAGGGCGAACGAGAUGCUGCGCGGAACUUGUAUGAACGUCUCCUUCAACUCAGUGGUCACGUCAAAGUUUGGAUAUCCUACGCUUUGUUUGAGGCGGAGCCUAUUCCGAUCGCACGUGCUUUGCGGGAUGAGGAGGAGGAGGACGAUGAGGAGGCUGAGGUCAAGACGGUGGAAGGAGACCCGGUUCUGGCACGCCAGGUGUUCGAGCGUGGGUACAAAGAUCUGAAGGACAAAGGACUCAAGAGCGAGCGUGUGGCACUGCUUGAGGUCUGGAAGACAUUCGAAGAGACGCACGGCAGUGAGAGCGACGUCAAGAAGGUCCAAGAGAUGAUGCCAAUUGUCAGUAAACGGCGCGUUGUCGACGCCGAGACUGGGCAGACGGUCGAAGACUGGGACAUGGUGUUUGCUGACGACGAGCGGGAAUCCAAUCCGACCACCUUCAAAUUCUUGCAGAUGGCACAUGCCUGGAAAACGGCUCAGGGUGGUGCCACUGCCCUUUCUGGCUUCACUUCCGCACCAGGCGAUGAUGACGCUGAGAGCGAUGUCGCAAGCUCGAAUGGAGGAGAAUCUGACUGAUCGUAUACAUCCGCUACAUAUUGUACUUACUUACGGGCUCGGUAAAACGCGUUUCAAGCUCGGUCAUGACGCGACGCGUUAUUUGCCUCUGUUGAUUAUUUCUUGCAUGCAUGCUAUUUUCACUUGGGCGGCGUUGCUUUUCUACUGCUCUACAGCAGAUUGAAAAGGAUGGUGCUCGCCUUCUUCGUGUCGUCAAGCGCCGGAUCGACGACAGGGUGGCCUUGACAUCCCAACUCACCGAAACCAUGUCCACACCCGAAGACGUGGCCAGAUUGAAGAAACUGAAGGAAUCAGAGCCACUGCAGGAACUAUGGGACAAGUGGAUACACACCCGGGAGUUUGCAGGCCCUGCGCGAGACCACCACGCUGCUCGACGAUCCGGACCUGCGCUCCAUGGCGUCGGAAGACUACGACAUGCUCUCCCAGGCGAUGCAGGACAUGCUAACCACAGAGUUCCCCAGAAUCCUCGUACCCCCGUCACGCACCUCGCAUCUAUCUGCCCUGGUCGAACUCAAGUCGGGCGUCGGCGGCUCGGAGGCGUCGCUCUUCCUCGG